AUGCAAACGUGUUUUAUUAUUCUUCAGGUUCAAGUAUUCCAGUCGUUCUUCGUGUCACUAAACCUACCAUACUCUGUUAUUCGCGGUGAAGAAUUGGCUCUUCAAGUCACAGUCUUCAACUAUGAGCCUAAAGCCCAACAAGUCACCGUAACACUGAAGGGUUCCAAACACUGGGCCAUUAUCGAUGAGGUCAAUAAACUCGGGCUGAGAGGACAAAAUCCAGUAAAUAAAGAUUACGUGGAGAAAGAAAUGGACCUCAAAGUUGUGGUGUCUGUGGGAGCUGGUCAAGGACGGGCCAUUUCCUUCCCCGUGGUCCCUAGAACAUUAGGCCUCGUCCCAGUUGAAGUGCGGGCUCAGUCUACCAGCCACGCUGAUGCUGUCAAACGAAACUUGUUGGUUGAGGUAGGUGAACAGUGUGUGUAUGCUAUUCGGUUGGUGUUCUACGUCGCGUUGACUACAAUCUGUGUAAAGGAGUUUAAGCAGCGACGUUUUUGAGUGACGCACGUUAACCGGAAGUGGAGUUAUUGCACUCUUGGGCCGUGAUUUUGAACAAGUCUUUGGGCAAAUCGUCUUUUAAAGAUUGUAUUAAAAGUGACUUUCUUCGAUUCGUUGUGUAAUGUCGAGUUUCAUUCAUGUCGUCUUGAAUGCUGGGAUAAAUUAGUUAUGCAAUGCUUUCUCCAGGUAAACCGUCGAUAUCUCACUCGUGCCUUGAUUUUUCCUAAUGUACAAACUCGUGUGUAUAAUCAAGUCACUCAUGGGAUAUUUCUGCAAAGCAUUGUAUGACUAGUAUAUAUUUGUGAAUUUGUUUCGUAUUCAAUUCAAUACAACACAAUAACUUUUUUUAAAGAAAAAGACGUAAUAACCUUUAACAGUUUUCUAACUUUACGGCCCUCUAAAGGUAUUCUGCAAUCAGCAUUGCAGUUGAGGGAGGUUAAAGAAGCUGUGUGGCGAAAAUUUAGACAAAUUCAACUACUGGGAAUGGUCCACCAAACUGAGUGAUUCAGAAACCCUUUCAGUCCCAAGAGUGACCAAGAUCAAUUUUCUCUUUACAAUAUCAAUAUACAAUGAAAAGAAAAGGGUGUGAGAAUUGAUUAAAUGGUCAAAAUGGGAAAAUGCUUUUGAUCUUUUAUUAAAUAGGCCAUUUGCAUGAUGACGUCAUUUACUACUACGACCAGAAUCAUUCAGGACUUUGCUUUCUUGUGCAAAUAAGGGCUUUUGUUAUUUUAUCCUCACUGGGAUUACCAAAUUAAAAUAUGAAAGGAAAAACGAAGAGCAUUCUGGUCGUAGUAGUAAAAUGACGUCAUCGUGCAAAUGGCCCAUUCUCUUAAAUACCUCUGUAAGGAAAUGUACAGAGAUCAAUCCGGAGAAUUUGGAUUUGGCUGUAGGCUUUUACACUGGCUAGCCAUCUUUCCGCUCAUACUCAAUAUUUGUCAUUGUGUUUAAGCCGGAAGGAGUGCCGCAAGACUACUCUAUCAGUAUGCUGUUGGAUCUUAACUCAAGUAAGAAUCAAACCUUACUUGCAAACAUAAUGCAUGGUUGUCUUUUGUAUUAUGUUCAUAACCACAAGUUUUUUUUACAAGGGGAGAUUUGUUUAUGAGUAACUUCUCCCUGCAUCAUUUCACUCAUAAAUAGUUCUCCUAAACUUAGAAAAUUUCACAGAAAUUAUUUGUCUUUAGUUUGAUACCGAAGUGUACCAAGAACGGUCUGGUCUCUAGUCAUAAACAGGUUCUACAACGUGGUAGGAGUUGAAGUCUUCUAAGUCCAUACCCUUGUCUUGUACAAAAGGGCCUACAAAAGCUGCUCCUGAAAUCCCUCUUACUCUUCCUGCUUUGAUGCUUGCAACGCUUGUCUCGUGCGAUGAGAAAGUCUAGUAAGGCAUUCGACUUUGUAUUUUUCUACAAUUCGUAGCAACCCAAAACCAAAGUAACUACUACGAGACAGCACAGUCUUAUCGGCAAAUAAUAUUGCGCAAUAUAUGUAGCCGAUAUAUGGUGUCAAGAAAGUCGCGUUUGAUUUUGAUUUCCAGUAUUUUCAUUCGUUAAUUUCUGUUUACACAAGUGGUUUUUAGUGCCACUUUCCCUUUUAUUUUGAUGUGAUUUUAGGUACGUGCGAUUUCAAAUCGCAUCGGUGAAUUAAAGCGGUCAUUUCAUACCAAUUUGUCUGUCCUUUUUUAUCGACGAAUUUCUGUUCGAGGGCAGCCAAAAAUCUAUCUUAUGUCUCUUGGUGGGUAAGUGUUAAAAUCAAAUGCGCCCUACGGUAAACAAGGGCUAUUGUGCCAUCGUAACCAGAUCUGCCUUAAACAUUUUUUAUUUACCUAACCCACUUAAUAAUGUAUAAUACGAAAAAACUAUCCCGAAUAAUGUUUUUAUUAUUAUCCUUUUGAAGCUUCAAGCCUGUCACGCUCGUUGGAUCUCAAUGUACCACCAAACACUGUCAAGGGAUCAGCUAGGGCAACAGUUACAGUGAUGGGUAUGUUUAACCGUGGCCUGCGAAUACAGCCGCCUCUUGUCUCUCCCCGGCCCGUUUCUGACGUUUCAGCGUCGGGGAGCGAUGAGAGCCGCGUAGCAAGCUUGUUUUGCUUUUUUCUUUAACAAACUAUCAGUGAAUGAUCAGUGAAGACAUCAACCGGCGACCGACUGUUAUUUGUAGUUCUGUGUAAUCACACAUCACGGAAUGUGUGUGUUAUGGUAGUUGUAAUUUUAGUGAGGGUAAGUGGUAUAGGUGUGUGAAUUUUUUUUUUUUUUUUCAGAAAAUGAGCGUUAUACUGUGUUUUGCUCAUUCUACAAAAGGAAUCAUCCGUUCUUAUCUAAUAAAGAUACCAAAGUGAAGAAUUCCAGAAUAAUUUCCGUUGCAAUUCCUUUCUUAACAAUGUUAGCCCAACGUUGAUCAUCAUUAAACAAAGUUAACACACCGUUGAUCAUCAUUAUUUUCGUUCAGGUGACAUUUUGGGCUCCUCCAUAAAUAACCUGGACCAGCUUGUGCGCAUGCCUUAUGGCUGUGGGGAACAAAACAUGGUGAACUUUGCUCCAAAUAUUUACGUCUUGAAAUAUCUUCAAACUGUGAACCAGCUGACCAAGUCUCUUGAAAAUAAAGCCAAGGGCUUCAUGAUCGCAGGUCAGUGGCAUAAAUCUGACUCACUAAUCAGUUUUGUUGCCCUUUCUUCUUUCUUAGUAAAUUAUUGUCCCAGCCAGUGAAUUUGGCCAAACAAGACCCGUGGCAAGAGGUAAAAAUAUUACAAAUGGCCAUACAAGAGAUGCUGACGAUUGUCCGCCCUUUCCUCCGUAAGAAUGGCUCGCUGGACAUUUUAAUAAUGCGGAGAUUUUAACUGGCUUAUUUUUCAUACUGCGCACAAACGCUUGCCUCAAUCUAAGUUGAUAGAAUUUCCCAAACUACCUCCUCUUUGCAUCCUUUUAUGCACUGGCCUUUAAGGAAGAGGCACAAUUUGGAAGAAUGCAUCGCGCAACAGUUAUACAUGGGCUUUGGGUGGGUUACAGGAAGUUCAUAAAUGGACGUCCGAGCUUACUGUUAACAUUUUAAUAUGUAUGGAGUUCGCGUCUCGUUGUCAUUACAUAACAAUACAUAAAAUUACAGAAUCUUAUCAUAACAAGGCUUGAUUUCCUUUACCUCGACUCUUUGUUUUUCUUUUCUAGGCUAUCAACGAGAGCAAACCUACCGCCAUAACGAUGGCUCUUAUAGCGCUUUUGGCGGAAGAGAUGGAUCUGGCAGUUUGUGGUAAGAAUUUGAAAUGUGUUUUAUCAAUAUCUCUUACCUUUUUCAAAGGAGAUACGACACGGCGUUUUCUUCUUUCAUCCUUUUUAUGAUAUCACCGGUUAGCAUAAAUCUUUUCGAAGUCAGUAGCUAAGUUUCUUCUACUUCUAUUCCGCUUUUCUAUAUAAUACCCUACACUACAGGACUCUCCAUUGCUUAUCUCAGAUUUUGUUAGAAGUAACGCUAUUUUGUUUUUACGCAGGUUGACUGCAUUUGUGGCGAAAUCAUUUGCACAAGCACGUGCGUUUAUUCCAGAAUACAUCGAUGCUGAGAUGUUAGAACAAAGCCUUGCUUGGAUGUCUCGUCAAACCAACCGUGAUGGUUCUUUCCGAAAAGUUGGAACAGUACACAGUUCUUACCUCAAGGUAGAUAACUUGCUCCUCGCACACACUCUCUGCAGGUGACCCUCAGCUCAAGCUACUGGAUAUUACACAGUAGAACAUCGACAUAACGAAGUGCUAAGUUAAUUUAUUUGGGGAACGGUGAGGGCUUCAAGGCCUCUUUUCGUUACAUCUUUUGUCCCGUUUCUCUUGCGUCACUUGGCCGUGAUCAACUCAGAAAUUCUCAGAACCUGCACAAGUUCGUCACUGUCCUUUCCUGCGUAUGGCGUUAUUUAUUUUUUUGUCGUUUUCAGGGGAGUGCAAGCUAUUACGAGGCGCGCGUGGAGCAUAAGACACGCGCGUUGGGGGAAGGCGCGCUCCACUUCUGUCUUGUUCGCAGGACAAACGCAAAUAAACCUGACUCCCGUUCUGCAGGAUUUCCCUGUCCCCUGUCCCCUCGUGUUUUUGCGUCCAUGAUGCAGCAGUAAUCGUGGGUACAUAAUUAAAAUCCCUUGCAGAAGUGAAUGGCUGUACUUGAAUAGUCGGCGACAUACUAUCUUAUAAAACGUACACAUUAAUAAGCCUUGUACUAGCACCUCCGUACCUUCUAACUGGAACUCUCUUUUCAAUGUACUCAGGGUGGUCAGGCAGGUACCAUCUCUCUGACUGCAUAUGUACUCAUUGCUUUGGCUGAAGCGAAUUCCAACUCGAAGGUAAGAUUUUCAGUAGUACAUGCUUGCUUGCUAUUAGUAUUAAUGAUUGAUAGCCUCGCUAGCCAGCUAGCUUCCUCAUGCUCAUUAUUUAAAAAAGCAGUGUCAAAGAAAAUUCUUCUAAAUUUUUUUUUUUAAACUUUCCCAGAAUUUUGUAGGCACGCUUAGAUGCCGCGCUAAAUAGCCCUCAAACAUAAAAAUUAACUUCAGUGUCUUGGAUGUGAAGAAACGCUUAAGCGAUGUUUUCCAAUUAAAACAAGCAGACAUGAACUUGAAAACGCUGGUCGGGUUUUUUCUAGUCUCAGUCAACUUCCAUCCAAUUCCCCACUUCAGAAACUCUAUGGAGAAUGUGUACGAACUUCAGGUGCAGUGAUUUCUGAGAUUGUUUGGCAACCACUAAACAAUUAUAAGUAACGCUUGUCCACCCAUUCCCAGAAAUCGUUGCGCUGAAAGCUUGUACCCAUUCCCCUUGUAGUUUGUGGGGUGCGGAAUUGACCUUUUUGAGGUUGCCUGUAGACUGAGUGGGUGUUUUGUCAAAUGGCACUAUGCGACUGUUUUGGUGGACGAAUUUUAACCCAGUUUCCUGCCCAACUUCGUAAAUCCUUUUUAAAGAAGUGAUAUUGUCCAUACGGUACCAUAGUGAACUUCGACCCAACACUGACCCAGUCUCACGUUUAACCUCGAAGCGGUCAAUCCAUCCUAAGUCAAACACACCUACUACCACUGAUUAUGUGCUAGGGUAUUAACUUCAAUAUUCCCCUAAGGUAUUUGAACGGCUUUAUCUAUUCCCACCGUAUUGUCGACUAUUCCAUAUGUUGGUGAAACAGGGAUGGGGUUAGCCGAUCGAUCUGUUUCCUUUGUAGGCUGUAGUUAAUGCCAAGAAUAACGCCAUAACAUUCCUGGAAGGCAAGAUCGAUGCCAUGUCAAGUGACGUCAAAGACGCCUACACUUUGGCCAUCACUUCCUACGCUUUGACCUUGGUUGGUAGCUCAAAAAGGACUAAAGCCCUCAACGAGCUGCGCAAAUUAGCGACCGAAAAAGGUAAACCUACGAUUGACUGACGGACUGUGCUGUCCACCCCGUUUGGUCUUCAGGCGCUUAACAGUAUGCCUUUUGGACUGACAAAUCUUCCUUCCUCAUUUUAGCGACUAGAAAGAUAUUAAAUUUUGAUAGUAUCCUAACGUGGCAGGCUGGCGUCUUGAAAAACAGGUCAAUUUUGGUUGAGACUAAAGAAAUCAAAGUGCAAAAUAUCUGUUAAUGCUCCACUGAGCGGGCCUUUCCCAAUGCGUCAGUGUCGUUUUUGUAAUACUAGCCAAGAGAACUUGUUGAACGUAAAAAAAAAAAAAAAUAGGCGAAAUACCGCACAAAUGUGCUUGACAAGCUCUACUGACUAAGUCACUCACUUGAAAAUUCCUGGGGAAAAAAUUCAUUCUUAGUAUUAGCUAGUAUUCUUGAAAAACUGACCAUGUUUUUUUAGUGAGCGAUCCUGUAUAAAUGUAGUUUUGGUACCUUUAGUUCAAUUCCCGCUAACAAUAUGGCCAUGGCGAACAAAAUGUGGUUCUAAUUUACUCAAGUACCUUUGUGUGUUGUUCUCAAAUUAUGCGUAUCAUUUCGAUAAGAAGUAGCUUCUUAUCGCCGUUCGCUUGUUUUUCUUUUCCUUCAGACGGUCUGAUUUACUGGCAGCAAAAACCAGACCAUACACCCAACGACAACCCGUGGCUGCGCCCGUAUUACCGACCACGAACAGCAGACAUUGAAAUAACGGCAUACGCUCUGCUGGCGUACACGCUGGAGAAAGACAUCGGUGUGGGACUAGCAGUUUCACGGUGGUUAUCACAGCAGAGAAAUUCUUUGGGUGGAUACUCAUCAACUCAGGUAGAUCCCUUUUNCUAAGUCACUCACUUGAAAAUUCCUGGGGAAAAAAUUCAUUCUUAGUAUUAGCUAGUAUUCUUGAAAAACUGACCAUGUUUUUUUAGUGAGCGAUCCUGUAUAAAUGUAGUUUUGGUACCUUUAGUUCAAUUCCCGCUAACAAUAUGGCCAUGGCGAACAAAAUGUGGUUCUAAUUUACUCAAGUACCUUUGUGUGUUGUUCUCAAAUUAUGCGUAUCAUUUCGAUAAGAAGUAGCUUCUUAUCGCCGUUCGCUUGUUUUUCUUUUCCUUCAGACGGUCUGAUUUACUGGCAGCAAAAACCAGACCAUACACCCAACGACAACCCGUGGCUGCGCCCGUAUUACCGACCACGAACAGCAGACAUUGAAAUAACGGCAUACGCUCUGCUGGCGUACACGCUGGAGAAAGACAUCGGUGUGGGACUAGCAGUUUCACGGUGGUUAUCACAGCAGAGAAAUUCUUUGGGUGGAUACUCAUCAACUCAGGUAGAUCCCUUUUCACCUUUGAGCCCAAACAUGUACGUGCAUAUUCUCCAAACUUUGAAACCAAAUCUUUGAACAUUUCUAAGGCAACUCGUUUUAAAACGGACAUUUAAGUCUUUUCUUUAGAGAUUUUUGUUGUUAUCGUUGGCAUUUGCGAUGUUUUAACCAAGUCUAAGCCUUGCUGUCUAUUUGUAGUUUGGCUUUUAUUACACUACUCGUUUAUCAGAAUGUCUUUGUAAAUCGCCAGACAUCUGUCCAGAACAAAUGGAUGAAUGAAGUACAGUACUUAUGUAAAGUGGCAUUUUAUCCACAAAAUUUUGAGUUGUGCUAUAACGUUUGAUACGGCCCACCCACUAAGCUUGUAAAUGCGAAUGCAACAUCAGACCGGCCGAAAAAGCUAUCUACAGGAUCAUAACGCUAUUUGUUUUCCUAAUACGUAUCCGUUGGAUAGUGAUUCAUCCGUUGGAUAGCGCAAUUCAACUUUCAAACCAAAACGCUCGGAGAAAUGCAUUCUUAAAUCCCCUAUUUCCUUCCUAACGGACGCCUUUCCAAGAUGGCCUAGUUAAAAUAACCGUCAUAAAUCUUUUUUUUUUAAGGACACAGUUAUGGGUCUACAAGCCCUAGCGGAGUUCGCAGAGCUGAUAUAUUCCCCGGAUAUUGACUUCACUGUUACGCUUAGCUCUAGUGCAGACCCGGCGUUUAGUGAGACGAUUAAUGUAAAUCAACAAAACUCCAUGGUAUUGCAGUUAGUAGAGGUAAUUAACCAUUUUAGUUCUGUUCAAUAUACGUAUGGAAUUAGCCAUUGACUAGCAUAAUUUGGUCAGUUUUUCUUUCAUUUUCUCAGUUUAAAUUUAGUACUCCAGUCAACCCUCCAAGCUGGGACCAUUUUUGUCGCCAUGGUGCCUACAUUUUGGAGCUGGCGACUUGAUUUGUAAAAAAGUCUCCCUAAACCAAAAGAGUUGGUUGCCAAAUGGCGACCAAGCAAAAACUUUAACUUGGAGGUUUGGUCUAGUAAAGUUUCACAUGCAAAGACCGGGUGGAGUUGGGUGGUGAAGAUUGCCCAUGAUCCGGAGGACAUUUAAACUUUCGGUGUUUUCUCCCAUGUGAGAUUCGACGUCUGACUGCAACCAAAACACUAGGGUAAUACGCCGUGUGCUUUUCAAUGUUUUUGCUGCCGGGGGUUUGGAGUUGACUUGGACAAUGUGGUACAACCCCUUCUCUAACGCUUUGUAGCUAUAAACUGUUUGCAUUCUUUAUAGAUAGCAAACGUGGCAGGGACACUAACAGUGACAGCAAAUGGCCGCGGAAUAGGAAUGUUGCAGGUAUGUAAAUAGAUGCUCAUGAUAGUGGUAAUCACUAACUUAUGUCCCCGGACUCUUGGCUCAUGAUGAACUGAUGUGUAUUCUGUAACUUGAUUCUAAAGAUGACUCUGACUCUCAAGAGAACUUUGUACCAAACAGGUUGUCGAAAGUCAGUCACUGUCAACAACAGUCCUAUUCGUGACUACACUUACCUGGCCGAUCAUACAGUAAGCACCCGUGAAUAAGAACCUAGUGGAUUAAGAACUUCCUUGCAAAAAUAUGCCACGUUAAUACUCAAAAAUGAAAGAACCUGUUUAGCCAAGUAAGAUCAAGCAGGUUCUUUUCUGUGGGUUACAGUUAAAUUAUGAUUAACACUAGAAAAAUUUUAACCAACGUGUUAGACUUUGAGAUUGCAUACGUAUAUUACAAGAAAAUACUGUGACAAACUGUAAUUACUUAUAAAAGUAUUACUGUAAUUCCUACAACAAAAACAGGUUUAUAUAAAGUACAGACCGUAAUAGGCCAUUUCCGAGUUCCCCCGGGCCUCUGCUUCAAAACGAGGGUAGAUGCUCAGCCUUUGAUAUGAAAUCAUUUUUCAUUCUCAUACAAAUAAAACUCAUUUUCACAAGAAAGGUUGUGCACCUAGCCUCAUUUUGAAAGCGAGGGCUUCAUGGACCUUGCAUAAAGGAGGUUUACAAUGUACGGUUGUAAAUACAUACUGUAUAUUCAAGAAUCAAACUCAAAUUUAUUUUAUUGUUCUGGCAAUCAACAACAGUAUAACCCCUUCAUAUAAAUUAAGAACCUACUUAGCCUAAAUGGCCGAUAAAUACCCCAAGAAACAAGACGGAAGAACUAUUUGCCAGACUUCAAAAAAGUAGGUUCUUAUCCGCGGGUGUUUCAGUUCUGUAUUCCACCUUCAGUUAUGAAAUGACCUCUGGGUUCAAACGUUUCGCUGUUCUAUAACUUAGGUUGGUGUUUCGUAUAACGUGGACAAAGCUCCACCGGAAAGUUCGUUCGAUUUCUCGUUGGUCGUCAUGCGGGAAACCGACUAUGAGAUAGAACUCAAAGCUUGCUCCAAGUGGACUGAGAAAGAUCAGGAAUCAGGUAUGGCCGUGAUGGAUGUCGGGAUACCCUCAGGAUUUGAACUGAACUGGGACAGUGUUGAAAAGGUGAGAAUGCUGAUAUUUAAGAGUACAAAAAAAUGCGCGGACACGUUUUUAAGCUAGUGUCCUUAAGGCAUUUGAUUUCAAGAGACCUUUAAGGUCUAAGACGAGGACGAGAUUUCCUCAAUACUAAGUAGUACGCGCGGUCGUGCGCGCGCGUAAAGCAGGGUCCUUUUGGCGGGAAAGCGUGGUGGCGGUCGUUUUUCUACGACAUGUUUUAGCGAGAUUAGAGAGCUUUAGAUUCGAGGACGAGAACGACUACGAGUACGAGAUUUGAUUUAAAGUUUUUUCACUUAUUGUUAAAAUAUAGACACCCCAGAAUUCUUCAUUGUACUUUUUUCCACCAGAAGCGUAAGCACUGUUAUCGUUAUUGAAGGAGGUUAAGACCUCUCCCGAUUACAAAAUGUUAAGACUUAUAACAUUUCAGAACUUGUUCCCACCACUACGACACUCUCGUUAAAACUGGUAGUAGAAUGACGACGGCUACCACGUUUUCCCGCCAAAAUGACGCUGGUUAACGCACAAGCACUACUUACUUUUGAGAAAAUCUCAUACUCGUAGUCGUGCUCGUCUUAGAAUCUGAAGGUCGCCAUUCUAAGACGAGGACGACUACGAGAACGAGAUUUUCCCAAUACUAAGUAGUGCGCGCGCGCGAACGAACGUCAUUUUAGCGAGAAAAACCGAUAGCCAUCGUCAUUCUGUUACGAGUUUUAGCGAGAAUGUCGUAGCAGCGGAAACAAGUUAUCAAAUGUUGGAAGUUUUAUCAUUUUGCGUUUGGAAUAGGGCUUAUCCUCCAAAAAUUAACUGUGCCAACAUUUUUGGCUAAAAAAGGUGCAAUGAAGCUUUAUUUUGAGCGACGCACGCCGACCGGAAGNUUUUUUCACUUAUUGUUAAAAUAUAGACACCCCAGAAUUCUUCAUUGUACUUUUUUCCACCAGAAGCGUAAGCACUGUUAUCGUUAUUGAAGGAGGUUAAGACCUCUCCCGAUUACAAAAUGUUAAGACUUGUAACAUUUCAGAACUUGUUCCCGCCACUACGACACUCUCGUUAAAACUGGUAGUAGAAUGACGACGGCUACCACGUUUUUCCGCCAAAAUGACGCUGGUUAACGCGCAAGCACUACUUACUGUUGAGAAAAUCUCAUACUCGUAGUCGUGCUCGUCUUAGAAUCUGAAGGUCGCCAUUCUAAGACGAGGACGACUACGAGAACGAGAUUUUCCCAGUACUAAGUAGUGCGCGCGCGCGAACAAACGUCAUUUUAGCGAGAAAAACCGAUAGCCAUCGUCAUUCUGUUACGAGUUUUAGCGAGAAUGUCGUAGCAGCGGAAACAAGUUAUCAAAUGUUGGAAGUUUUAUCAUUUUGCGUUUGGAAUAGGGCUUAUCCUCCAAAAAUUAACUGUGCCAACAUUUUUGGCUAAAAAAGGUGCAAUGAAGCUUUAUUUUGAGCGACGCACGCCGACCGGAAGUGUAUUUUUUGCCUUAUUUGGCAGUGGUUUUGCCCGAAAUUUCGAGAAAAUCGUCUGUAUGAAAGUAAAGGAGCCUAGCAAAACAAAUCUGGUAACGUCAAGGCAUAUUAAAAAGGAAGAGGCGUCACUUCCGGUAAUCUCCCUCACAACCGUUUUUUGGAUGUCAGGCAACGCUCGCGUUGCGUGACAUCCAAAACACGGCUGCAAGGGAGACUACACUUCCGGUUGACGUGGGUCGCUCAGAAACGUCACUGCUUAAGCUCCCUAUUCUUUGGAGAAUACCGGAAAAAAUUACUUUUAAUCUCUUCCUUGUCCUUGAAUCUAAAAGUCUCUACUUGGUGAAACACUACUCUAAGUGCUUUUAUGGAGAUCCUCUAGUGAUAAAUAAGGUUGGGCAAAAAUAGGCCCUUUCGCCGCUUUUUCAAGAUUUUUGGUAAAAACCGGUAAGCGAAUAUCCAUCGAUACUGUUGGAAAGAGCGCCUUAAAAUUGUGGAACUCAUUCACGUCCAAGGCGAGUAAAAAUAUUGCCCUCGCACAGAAAGUCACGAAAUUUUACGGACGUUUUUAUGGUGGGGGACACGAAAUCCACCCCCACCCUACAAACUUCUGCAAAAUUUCACCCUGACUUUGUGGAGUUGUAACUUGGUUUUUCCAGCGGUCUUGACGGAUUUUGGCCAACUGGUCCCAGUCAAAAGUUGAAAAAACCGUCGAAAUGGUCUAUUCAAAGCAAAUUCUUUUGCUAAUGAGCAUACGAUAUUCAAACCUCCAUCGCAGCGGCGAUUUUUUUUUUCUUUUCAUGAAUUAUAUAAAAGUGUGUGAGUCGAAGAGGAGCACAGUCCAUUUUGCAACGCAGAGCGCUUUUCGUUUAACAGAGUAACACAUGUAUAGAAAUAUAAUAGAAAUACCAUUUUUGAAACGUGAAAGGUUAAUACGGCCCGGUUUAUUUCCAUUUCCUCUUUUAUUUAAAGCUCAUGUCGGACUCGUCCCUAAAGUUGAAGCGUGUGGAGUCUCCAGAUCGCAAAGUACUUUUCUACUUCGAUGAGGUAACUUAUUUUGUCGCAUAGCUUUCAUCUUUGGUUUGUCUUUUACUUAAAUUGAUGACACGAGAGUGACGAUCUUUUUAAUAAUUAUUCACAGAUCCCAUCAAGUAAAAUGGUGUGCGUUACGGUGACUUUCCAGCGAGCGUAUGAAGUGGGAAAGCCUCAGCCUUCGACAGCGUCUGUUUACAGCUACUACGAACCAGGUAAAGGGCACUGACACAGUUUGUGUUCAAAUAUGUGAAACCUCAAACUUCAAAAAACAAGGACCUUCUACAAACCCAGCGCACUGGAAACAGCGCCCGUGGUCUCACGUGUUCAUGCACACGGCAGAACAUAAACAACAAAGAUUUAUAACAACGAUUUUCAUGCGAGCUAGAAAAUCGUUUUCGGAAAGCAGAAAGUGUUCAUUACUUGUUUUAUCACCCAGUAGUUAUAAAAAAAUCAAAACUUGGACUCGUCGUUUUACCCCAAGGAGUCUCUAAGAUAGAAAAAGCGUCAUUUGAUUGUCCAAUCGUCGGCCAAGUUGCGUUUGGGGUGGAAAAUUACUUGUCAGUUACCAAUAGCAAUGCUUCGCGCUAAACCAUGUUUUGGUUUUGUCGACGCCUAAUCAUUUCAAUGUAGGAAAGACUUUACGAUGAAUUCCCUUUGGAUUCUAUAUAAGUACCAUCCUGCGACAAAAUCAAAUAAAAUGGUCAAGUGUUACAUUUUCAUUUUUUCAUUUCGGGUUUUCUUCAUUUCUCCUUUUUCGACAGUUAACCGUGCCGUGGCCCAGUACGCUGUCGAUUCUCUAAAGGACGAAGGAGUCUGUCGCGUUUGCUCUGAUUGUGUCAACUGUGAAGUCAGACCGUCUGUAAGGAAAGUAAGCUCAGCACCCGGACUGAUGGCUAAAGUCUUGCUUAUUUCGCUAAUGUGCAUCGUGGCUGUGAAAUUGUAUUAG